AUGCUACUUCGAAAGUUUUCCAAGGUUGCCGACGCAUACUUUCCGCCUGACGCAGGCGCGGAACGCGCAGAGUGCCACCUCGUCUUGGGCUCUUGCCUUUGGAUGCAAGGCCUUUUCGCGGAAGCCGCGCAACACUUCUCCGGCAAAGACUCGGAGCAGUUGCAAUUUGCGGCAGCACGGACAUUUUUCGAGCUCGGAGACUUCAACCAGGCUUCAGCUUUGGCACGUGGUCUCAAGUCCUCGGCGUCUCUGCGGACUUACGGGCAGCUGGUCCAGGGGGCAAUUCAGGUUGCCACCGGGGACGGAGAGGCUGUGAGCACGGAUGACCUGUCGUUGGAAGCCAAGUGUAUCGCCAAGCUCAACGAGCUGGUGGGUGAGGCACUACGUGAAGGAGCUGGUGCUCCUCCGACUGCUGCCAAGCUGAAGGGCUCGCCUCUGGCUCAGCUCGUGGGUCUGGAGGAGGGUGAUCUAGAGAUCUCUGUUGAAGCCCGCCUGGUGUUGCGCUGCACUCUGGGUGAGCUGGCCGUGCAUGGAGGUGUGGACGAACCGUGGGUUCGGCAAGCUCUGGUCUCUGCCUUGUCAGACUUCGACGGCCUGCAGCCACGCGAUCCAACGCUGCGGCCUUUCGUCUUUCGAGCCUUGGCAGCUCUCGCAGGCGUGACCAACCAGAAUGGCGAUGCCAUCACGGCAGAAGGGCUCUAUCGCACAGCUCUGGACCAUGUGGAGAAAUACAAGACUUCCGGCCAGCGUGCAGAGACCUGGAGAUCCUGGGUUUCGGAGGGCUUCGCGAAGAUGCUUGCCGAAGGCCGUCAUGCUGAGCAACGCAGAGCCGAGAUCCAAGCGCUCCAGGCAGAGGUGAAGCAUUCCUCAACCUCAGCGCGACGCUGGGCGCUCUUGUGGCUGCCACCUCCGCUGGCACGCGCGGAGCCAGGCAUCGAGUGA